UUCGUUAGUACCAUUUACACCUUCAUCUUCAAUCUUCUUUUAUUCUCUUCAUCUUCCAAAUAUUAUCCAAUUGUUGAAACCAACUCAACAUGGAUAAUGAAAUAAUCAAAGAAGAAAUUCAUGUGCUAAUGGUCACAUUUGCAUCUCAAGGUCACAUAAACCCUAUGCUUAGACUCGGCGAAAAAUUGAUCACUAAAGGUCUUCAUGUCACUCUAGCAAUCAACGAAAUGGCUCGUCCUCGCAUCCUCAAGUCCGCUAUUAAUGGCGCCUCUACCACGACCUCCACCUCCAUCGCCGGAGUCAAAAUUAUCUUCUACUCCGAUGGUCUAAGUCUCGACUACGACCGUAAGGCUAAUUUAGAUCAUUUCUUGGAAGCGAUAGGUAAAUUUGGACCGAUUAAUAUCUCGAAUAUUAUCAAAGAACACUAUCCGAAAUGUGAUAAUAAUAAGAAACUUUCUUGUAUUAUAAACAACCCUUUUGUUCCUUGGGUGGUUGAUGUUGCUAUUGAGCAUGAAAUUCCUUGUGCUAUGCUUUGGAUACAACCAUGUUCUCUUUAUUCCAUUUACUAUCAUUUCUAUAAUAAACUUAACCCGUUUCCUACCUUAACAAACCCUAAUAUGAGCGUUGAAUUGCCCGGGUUGCCAUCAUUGCUUACACAAGACUUGCCUUCUUUUGUUCUUCCUACAAAUUCAUUUGGUAGUUUGUGUAGGCUUCUCUCUACUAUGUUCUUGAACUCUAAGAAUGAGUAUGCAUGGGUUCUUGGAAACUCAUUCUUUGAGCUUGAGAAAGAUGUGAUCAACUCCAUGGAUGAUCUUUAUCCUAUUCGCCCCGUUGGUCCUCUUGUUCCUCCAUCGCUACUCGGAGAAGAUCAAGAUCGGAAUCAAGAGAUCGAAGUGUUGGAUAUGUGGAAAGCUGAAGAUUCUUGCAUUGAAUGGCUAAACAAACAAGAAUCGGCAUCCGUUAUAUAUGUAUCUUUCGGAAGUAUAGCGAUAUUUUCGUCGAAACAAAUGGAUAGCAUAUCAAAAGCUUUAAAAAAUGUUAAUCGUCCAUUUCUUUGGGUCGUAAAGCCAUCGGAGGUACCAUCACCGAAUGGUAAUAACCAAUUGCCAUUAGGGUUUUUGGAAGAGACUAAAGAUUUAGGGCUUAUUGUGCCAUGGUCACCACAAACAAAGGUUUUAUCUCACCCGUCUACUGCUUGUUUUAUAACACAUUGUGGGUGGAACUCUAUGCUCGAAACGAUAGCUGCAGGCGUUCCGGUGAUUGCAUACCCCCAGUGGACCGACCAGCCGACGAAUGCAAAACUUAUUGUUGAUGUUUUUCGUAUAGGUCUAAGGCUUAGACCGAAUCAAGAUGGACAUGUUAGUAAUGAUGAAAUUGAAAAUUGUAUUGGAGAAAUUAUGAACGGACCAAAUUCCAAAGUACUCAGGUCUAAUGCGAAAGGAUUGAAGCAAGCUGCGAGAGAGGCGGCCGGCAACGGUGGCUCUUCAGACCGGAAUAUUCAGUUGUUCGUUGAUGAAAUUAUUGAGAGAAAGAUUUAAGAAUCAAUUUGCUGUCUGAAUUUACAAGCUAUGUACAAUUAACACUUAAAUUAUAUAUUUUUUAUCAAUUGGCUUUUUAAA